AUGAUCGAUAGCAGCCAUACGCGGCAGGAAAUGCGUUCGAACACAACAGGAGAGGCUGCCUUAGUUCCACUACCAGACAGCCCGAACGAGUCAUUGGUGCAUCACGAAUCAGCAGUGACUGCAUUUGCGGCACCAGCAUCCAUGUCUACCGAGCAGUUGAUCAGGCAUGAGGCAGUAGAAGGUCAGAUCCCUGCACUCAGCUCUGUGCUUCAGUCACCUCAACGCAAAGUCAGCGCCGAAACCAAACCAAUGUCGCCAGAGAAAGCCGCAUUAGCAGCCAUGUUUGACUCGAUCAAGAUGCCGCCGCCUGUCUCGCCUUCUAAAUCGCCUCGUAAAGCUUCGGGCAGCAGCAUCCUAUCUUCACCAUCCAAGCAGCUUUCACACGACAUCGGGCCCACGCCUAUGACGUUGUUUCGAAAGACAAGCUCCCCUCCUACCUCUCCGUCCAAGGUCGGAUCUUCCGACUCAGCUGCAUCGAGACCUCGCACUCGAGACUCGCCUCUGCGUCGACCUGUGAUCAUCAGCUCAUCUUCCUCGCCCGGCAAGGCCUUACGCAUGGCCGUGGGAGAGUCGAAAAAUGCAUCGACACCUCUUUCUCCUCCUUCUGCUCAAUCCAGACCCGCACGCAUGCGACCUUCCAUACUGGCUUCGUCCAGCAGUCCAAGCGCAAAGCUCUCCGACCUAACGCUCAACUUCGACACCACCGGCACACAGGAACUGCUGUUCAACCAAGACGCGAGCUUCCUUGCUGCUGCUGGAAACGCCGCUGCUGACGUCACGAUCGAUGACAGCUUCGACGUGUCCCGUGCCAGGGCUCGGAUCAGGUCCGCUUCCGCUGCGACCGCUAGCACGAGAAGGAGCUCGCCAGCCAAAAUCGGUGGCGGAUACAAAGCCAAGCCCCGAUGCAGUAUGGUGCCGGAAGAUGGAGUGCCUGAGAUCAAGUCAAUUUCUCCAGGCAAGAGGAACAACACUUUGGGCUCGAGAGGGCUGGGUGUUGGAAGAGUGGUCAAGAAUGCUGCUGGGGAUGACACGAUUGAGCUCAAUCUGACAGGAAGCUUCAUCGCCAAUUCGAGUAUGAUCGGAGGUAAUCUGAUGGACGAGAGUGGCGAAGCGUCGUUGCUUUUCGGCAACAAUUCCUUCUCGAUCUCGCAGUCAAAGUCGCCCAAGAAAGAGACGCGCAUUCAAUCAGAGAAGAAGACGGCGGUGAGAGGCGGUAGUGAUGACGACGAUGACGAUGACGAGGAGGAAGAUUUUGAGAGGGAUGCAAAGAAUGUCUGGACCAUCGACCGUCACUCGUCCCACUGCGGCUUCGACCACGGUCGCGAAGCCAGUCUCGCGGAUUGCUUCUCGUCCUUCACUUGUAACCCCCACGGCUGGGUUGAGAUUGCUGCAACCUCGCGCAUCGGGUCUUUCGUCGACUACCAGAGUCGAACCUGCCCUGUCUCGUUCCGGGAGUGCCUCGAGCGGCUUGUCCAGCACUUCGACUGCACCGACCUCUUCGUCGCAGCCAGACAGUGCCGACUUGCCCAACGAGGCCAAGACACCGAUGCGAAGUCGGCGCAAGAGCACCUUCACCAGCUCGCGUCCGCCUGUAUCUGGAGCUCGUCGACGAGAUUCGCUCGCAGCUGCUGGCGUUGUCGUCCAACCGCAACCCAUUCCGCCGCUUCCCUCCCUCGGUCCUGCUACACCGGGACGCACGCGGACCACGUCGACUCCGGGUACUGGCACGUCGCCCGGUCUCAAGACACCCACCGCCGCGACGACACGGACGAUUCCAAAGCCCAGAUCGUCAUUGACCGGCCGCACCGGUGCUGUGAAUGCUACGACGCCGACUGCCGCUCGCAGCACGCUCUCAGCUUCUACAGCUACAGCAACGCGUACACCUGUCGGUCGGACAGCAACGUCGCGCUCGGCAUCACUCGCUACGCCAACAGCACGAACCGCCUCGAGUCGCUCCUCGCUAGCACCUGUCGAGGCAACGCCCGUAGCCGGAGGGAUGAGGAAGAGCGUAUCUCAACCGCACGGACUCGAUCUCGAUCCCACCGGAACGCCCGUCACUGUUCGACCGGCGAGGACACUGGUUCCACGUGCGAGCAUGACGCGCAUCGGCAGCGUCGGCUCCUCCGCAAGCACUCGACCCUCGGCACUCGUCACUCCACGAGCGACGGAUGGUCGGGUAGGAGCAGCGUUGGACGACAGACGCACCAACGGCAGCGUUGCGGCGAGUGGAAAUUCGGCUGUCGGGAAGGUUGGUGUACCGGCUGCACACAGGCCAUCGGUCACUGGGGGUGA